CACAGUAUCGAAACUGUCAGACGAAAACUAAACUGUAUGAACUACUAUAAAAAAAAAUAAAAAAAAAUGAAGCAGAAACACCAUGGACAAUCCUUUCGCUAUUACUAUUAAAUUUUACUGGACUAUUUUUAAAUAAUCAUAUAUUUUAUGAGUGUAUAGUGCUAAAUGUUUGUUUUAAUGUUAUUAUUAUAAGAACGUGAAGAGUAAUUGUCAUUUUGAAUCAUUAUUAAAUAUAAUAAUAGCCACACUACAGUCUCAGUUGUACUGAAUAUUGAAUUCUCAAAAUUGUCAACUUACUAACUACACUAAGUACUAAGUGUUAGUGUCAUGUGACAUGUGAUUUUUUUGUGAUUAGAAGACAGGCCUGAUUUAAACUGAUUAGGGGCUAAGCCUAAUAAAUAAAUAGCUCAUAACAACAUUUAUGUAGUGUGGUAUUAUCAGGAUCAUUCUCGUCAUAGGCUUAGGCUUAGAUAAAAUGUCAGUGUGACUUAUAAAAAAACAACUUAUACUACUUAUAUUACAUACUAUAAUAAUAUUAUUAUACUUUUGAUGAUGUAAAUAUAUAAAUGAUAUGAUUCUAUUUUGAUAGAAAAAUUUAAAUUUAAUAAUUCAAUGACUGUGUGACAUCAAAUAUUAAUAUCAAUGCAAUAUUGAAAAUGUGUCCUUGUACUAGCUUUGUAGGCUGUAGUAGGGUAGUCCUCUUACUCUUGGUUAGAUUCAGACUUACUUAUUUGUAUGUUAGUUCUUAUUCAAAAUUUAAUAAGAACUAACAUAAAAAUAAGUAAUAGAAUGACAGUGGAUUAAUUUAUUUCAUAUAAUAAAAAUAAUAAUAAUUUAUAGUGGUGUUUUUAAAAUUUUAAAUAAACCAGUUUGUUUGUCAAAUGGUGAUUAUGUAAUAUUAGAAAUGGGGGGUAAACUAAGAACAAUAUGCUAUAUGUGGGAACAAAAAAUGUAAAUAUUGGACUGAUGGUCUUGAACACAACUUUUGCCAAACUGAUUUUAUAAACAACCUUUUUUGGCUUAAUCAAUUUAACAAUCUGAAUACCAUAACUUUUCUGGCUUCUUUUACUUUUGCAGCCAAUGCAACAAAGUAAAACUAAAAUGUUUGUUCUUGGUCUAAUUAUUAGUCCCAUCAUUAAAGUCUUAAAUUCUUACUACUUUUUUCUUUCUGCUCAAAAGUGAACGCUUCAACCAGUCAGUUUCAUGUGUCUCAAAAUAGGAAAGAUUGCCAAGAUAUGCUAUUUUUAAAUCUACAUAUCAGAAUGAGACAAAUUCGGAGGAGAGGAGGGUUCAUUGAACUUUUACUGAUGAACGCUAUAAAUGUUAUUAAUAAAACUGACAUUACUAUCAUUGUGGAUCAGUUGAUUACUAAAUUAUCAAUUCUUUGAUUCAAAGAGAUCAUAGACACCUUUUAUUUGUCACUACUAAAGUCAAUUUUCUAAUACUGGACUUUUAAACAUGACAAUUCCUCUUUGUUUUUUGUGUGGAUUUAACUUUUUAAUCUAAGAUAUUUCUUUAAUUUCACUAUUAAUAAUUUGACAUAAAUCACUGAUUUUAUUUUUAAUCUUUUUUCCUUUAUAAAUUUGGUUACCUGUAGCCAGAACGUAGAAUAUUGUUUUAAAUCAUGAUUGGAGCAUUUAUUAUAAAAUUAAAAUUUGUCCUCUUCAUUUAAAUUCAGUUUGUAAAGAGCUGCCCUGGUCUUAUAAUCAUUACAAUAGAAGGGUAAGAUAAAAGAUAUGCUCUAAUUUUUGUCUCAAUAUUUUUUUUGGUGUAAAUUAAAAAAAAAAAUGUAGAUAUCAUUUCUUUUGCUAGUUUGAAAUUAAAGCAAUUUAUACUUAGUUUAUUUAUUGUGAAAACUAUUAAAUAUGUUAUAAUGAAAUCUAUAUUAUGAAAUUUAUGUCACACUAUUUUUCCCCAAUAGAUAGAAACUUGUAUGACAAAUUUAGACACUUAUCAAACACUGUCACAACACAAAUUCUUGGAACGCGCACCAAGACACAUGACGCCAUUUGUGGAUGCGUCCUUAUGAAGAAAUCUACAAAGGCUAAAUCUUCAAUUAACCAAUGACCACUUAACAUACGCCUUUACCAUUUUGUGUUAUGUAACAAUGCUAUUUAUUUAUAUAGAACUAGCCUGUUUACUGAGAACUUGCAAAUCAUUCCAUGGUGACCUAUUUAUUUUCUUUUAAAAAAUUUGAAUUUGUAAUGGUAGAUACAUAAAGAAUGUUUACUUAUUUGCUUUUUAGGGCAUUGGUCUUCAAAAUAAAAUAUUUGAAUUAAAAUAUUUCUCAAACGUAUACAAACACAAUUAAAAUAUUUCUCUCCAACAAUCUGUCUAGGGGAAGAAUACAUCUGAAGGAAAUAGGAUCAGAUGCUAUGGCCUAUGUAAUUUCAAGGUUUUAGGGUAAGUAAUUUUCCUAUUUAAUAAUUGGGUCUUUUACUAAUUUGUAGGAACUAGAGCCUACAAAUCCUCAUAUAAAAAAUAAGGUCUGAUAACACUGAAGCCAAUAGAUGCCUUGAUGGCUUUAGCUGAUGUAAGAGCUUUAAUGUUAUCAUCGCUAGUGUAUAGAAUACCUAAUUUCAAUUGUUUUAGUUGGGACAGUUUUUCGUUUGCCAAACUAGAGAUGGCAAGUUGUCAUUGCGGUAGAUUUGUUUGAUCUAAUUUUUCUGCAUUUUUUAUACCAAAAAAAAAAAGGAAGUUUAAACAUGAAGAUAAAAGAGCAUUUUAUCAAUACCUGUGUGCUAUAUUCCUUAAAUUUACUUGGAUGUUAGUUUGGGUAAAAUUUAUAUCAGUACACUGUCCUACUGUUCAAUACCACCCCCUAAUUAAAUAAAUACCCUACCACCCAAAACACAUACAUACGCACCCAAAAGCAGCAACAAAAAAAACAACAAAGACUUGACACAUACAUUUUUAUAAUACUAAGCUGUUUUAAGAUCUGUUGUAUGUUUGAUUAAUGUCAAUAUUUUAAAAAAAAAUACUUUUGCCCUAUAAAUAUUUUCAACACAAAUUUUAGAAUGGCAAAUUCUAUCACCUUUCUCUCAGGCCAAGAAGAAAGUUAUAUCAUGAACUUACAGCGAGUUACUUCCUGUGAUGAUUGGGUGUGGGUCAAAGAAAAAGCCUUUGCAGUGCAAGAAGGUCACACUGUACCCACGUUCAUGGUGGAGUGGAAUGAGCUUGAUAAUGUGUUUGCCAUCACCAGUAGGUACCAAAGCAGAGUUGCAAGGGAUGAAAAAGAUCAUUCUGUAACUGGAGUGUUCAGCAUCGGUGCCUUGCACAUCAUCCAUGAGAUACUGCAUGGCAUAAAUUCAUCUAUCCCUAAGUUACCAUCCAAACUCCCAAAAGAGCCGAGAGGGCUAAAAGCUGUUUUUAUUGGUAUGAAGAUUCCAAAUAACAUGAGGUCAGCAUGUACAGAACUUGAAGAUUAUUUUGUAAAUGUUGCUGAAAAAGUUAGCAGCCAAGUUUUAUAUGAGGUAGGAUUACAUUCAUUGGUGUUAAUAUUGAGCGGCAGAUAAGGGCAUUGAGUUGCUUAAUUUUUUUUGGGGGGUAGGGUGGAGGGGGAGGACGGCGAAGACACAAGACCAAUUCUAAAAUUUUUAUAUUUUUAACAAAGUCUCUUCCUUUCUAUUAUUGGCUUUGAAGCUAUUAAAUCUUAACUUCACAAUCUGGGGUCUAAAUUGUUGGUUAUAUGACAAGAAAGGGAAAAACUUAAUUAAAAUUUAGUCAUCACGGGAAUGACGACAAGAAGGGUAUUUGGCAAAUCUGUAUACAUCAAUAUCUCAUGUAAGUGAAUGUCUAGUUUUUCACUAAAUAAAAAUGAGAAUUAAAAACAAUUUCAGGUUAUGUUUGAAGCUUCAGCUGAUACUCUAGAGAAUUAUUAUGAACAGAUGUCAGAGGUCUAUAAGCAGGACAUGGAACGAGUGAGUGCAUUUUACAUUUUUUAAACCUUGUUUUUUUAAAAUGAACAAUACUAACUUAAUUGAAAUUUCUUUUUUGGUCAAUGAAAUAGACACAUUGUUGAAAAAGAAGUAGUAUAUUCCUGAGCUUUUUUUUUAGCUUUUUGUUCAUUAUUCAGAUUUUCAUUUUUACUCUUCAUUUAGAAAAUCGCACAAUCUGAUGAGGAAUUGAAGAACAUAGCCUUUGAAAGAGAGAACUGUACUGUCAUGAAAGAUCUUGAAGAUAUUUACACAAGGGAAGACGAAGCUGUCAUCCGAUUGAUUUUAACACUGGCAGAUUACUAUAAUUACCAACUGCAGGUACAAAUUCCAUUCUGCUGCAACCUACGUCUCCCUCUAGUGAAAUCUGUGCGUCAGUCUCAUAAUUGGCUCAGAAUUUACAGGGCCCCCUGAAUCAUUUCCCAGCUACACAGUUUUAUCGUGGGUCUAGAAAUUAGAGUGUGUCAAUCAAAUUUUUUAAAAUCUAUUGUGGAAGGAUUUUAUUAAUCUGUUCAUUACACAGGCAUUAAUUUAUGCAAUUCAGAGUUUUCCGCACACUCUCUACGCAUGUUUGCUGGAAGUUUUUAUCCAUGUUUAUAGAUUUUAGUUAUACAAGAAAGUGAAAAGAAAUAUUUCAAACUCACAAACAAAUUUAAAAAAUAUUAUCUAAAAAAUCUAUUCAGGUCUGACACUAGUAGAACCAUUUUGUUUAAAUUAAGAAAUAUGGUCUUGUUUCUUAACCUUUUACUUUUAUGAUGGUGCUAUUAAGUGCAGUGAGAGGAAGUUUAUUUCUGAGGAGAUAGCUACACUGAAUUAUUUAAGAAUUUUUUCUUAGCAUUUAUAGGCUACUUUUAACACAUUAAUUUAAGGUUUUAUCAUUUUUAUCAAAUGCCAUUUUAUUUUUAAAAUUCCAAAAGUUCUACGACAUCUGUUUACUUACUUACUCUUUUGGUAAUUAAAUGCUUAUGUAACACACCCAUCUUUUUAGUUGUUUAAAAUUGAGUUGUUAGAAUCUGUUUUUUAAACAUGACUUGAAAUUUCAUUUCUCAUUUGUCUCAUUUCUGUCAAUAUCAAUACCAUUUGAGUAGUAUUCGUUUUUAUUUCCAGCCAUACCAGGAUAGCCAUUGUUUGGCCAGUAAAGAGAUUCAGUUUUACAGCCAACAGAUCUCAAAUCCUAAUUUAGGGGAGCGGAUAAAGUCUGAGAGUGCAGAAAAACAUCUCUACUGGGCUUGCCUGCUCAUUGAGGUCAAUGAAGUCAUCCAGAAAUUACAGGUGGAACACAAGUCGAUCAUUGUCUCAAUUUACAAUGGUAAUCUUAUAAGGACCUGGAGGGUUGAAUGACCUCCAGGGUCUAUGGUUUAGCUCAGCCCCUUUCAACCUCUUUUAUCUUACGAUACACUAAAACAAAUCACUAAAAUUCUGCAACACACUAUGCAUAUAUAUUAAUAUAUUCACUGUAUUUGUGAGGAGCAGCAUUCAAUCAAAUUAUAAGAUAAUGAUAUAGCCUGGAUGACAUCUUAUAACCCAAACUUUGUAGUUGGUAAAAUUCCAAAGAAAACUUUAUUACAUUGCAUUUUUUUUUAAAAACUUGCUACAUGACUAUGAACAUUUAGUGACACACCAACAUGUUGUGACACACCAACAUGUUGUGAUACACCAUUUGAAAACUGCUAGUGUAAAACAUGUGUUUUGAGUUUGGACAAAAAAUGUUUAAAAUUUUAUUUUACUUGUCUGAUGACAUCACUGUCUUUUUUGCAAUAUUUUUAAAAUCUUCACAAGCAAGACAAAAUAAUUACAAGUCUGGCCUCAAGCAAUUUUUUUAUGACUUGGACUCCUAAAUAAGAUAUGAUAAUAUAAUAUUCUUUUAUUGAUCCUAAUAAAUGGAAAUGUUUUUUCCAAUUUCAUUGUAAAUAUUCAUUUUCAGCACAUACAUAAAUAUUAUUACAGGGACAAACAUUUUUAAACUAAAACAAUUUAAACACAAUAAAUCUAAAGUAUUUCUUAAGCACAAAAAUCAGCCGUCAUAUGCCAAUGAACUUCCACUCAAUUAAUGGCAAUAUUGACUGUAAGAGUGACUAUUUAGAUUUUGUAACAGCCGGGGAAGCACACUAGUAAAUUCUGAUAGAUUGGGGAACAAUUUUUAUAUUUUUCGGUUCUAACUUUGAGGGUAAGAAUUCACCCUGAUUGAGUAGAUCAUAGGUGAAUGUGAUGAAGAGGGUGGGAUGUAUCUGCCAAUAUUUUUUUUAGCUUUACAAAUGCAUAUUACUUCAAAUAGUUCUUCAAGAAAAGAUAGUUUUGUUUAAGCAAUAUUAUUAUGCAAAUCAAUCUCAUAUCAGUAAACUUAUCAUAUCAGUAAACUUUUCAUUAUCAGUAAACUUAUCAUAUCAGUAAACUUAUCAUAUCACAGUAAACUUAUCAUAUCAGUAAACUUAUCAUAUCAGUUAACUUUUCAUAUCAGUAAACUUAUCACAUCUUACAACUUGCUUAUGUUUGCAAUAUCAUUUUCUAACAAUUUUUAUCUUAGGACUUCUGGAUCAAAUCAACAUAGACAAAAACAGGUAUGGAUCAGGGGCUUUUGACUUAGUGGCAGCAAACAGAGAACUGCGGUGAGUAAAAAAAAAUCAUAAAGGCUGUAAAAUUGAAAUAUAUUACCAUAUAUGUUACUUUACUUAAUCUGUAAAAAUUAUGUAGGUAAAUCCAAUGUGUUUUCUUCCCAGUGUUCAUAAUCCACAAAGGUGAUGUUACCAAUAUCAUUUUACUUAACAGCCAUGUUAAGAUUCUUAGGGAAGAGGAAACACUUAUAUAAUCUCAGUCACAAAAAAUGUUAAGAUGCAAUAUUUAAUAGCAUUAAGAGCGAGUAUUGAUCAUAGUAUACAUCAAAAUUGAUUCAAACAAUUAAAACACUGUGGAACUAAAAAGUCAAAAUUAUGACUUUUAUGAGUUCACUCUUAACAGAACUUCAUUUUCAUAACCAGUGAAUUUUACUUGUUCACAGUUUGCUUAAGGAACUGCAUACAGCAAAGGUACAGCUGCUUCUAAGCAAGAGAAAACAACUGAAACAGGAGAAAGAUAAAAUAUAUAUGCAGGUCUGAAAAUUUGCUCAAAUAUUUUUUGGCUAGAUCAGUGGUUGGCAAAUCAAGGCUCGCAAGGCGCAUGCGUCUCUUUACCGACCUGAGUGUGGGUCGGCCAGCCGGCUACAAAUCGGUUUUGACUCAGAAAAACAUGGUUCUUGACAGGUUCUUAAAAAGAAAUUUGGCUCUCAAAAAAAUAUAAUCGUUCUGCUGCUGAUAUUUGGCUCUUUUGACUAAUGAGUUUGCCGACUACUGGGCUAGAUAAUCUUAACCCCUGAUAGUCCUGGCAGAAUCACCAUCUUUAGAAAAGUUUUUUGUUUUUUUAAAGACAUUUUUUUUCAGGAUCAUAAUGUAAUUAAGAUUGCUUAAACAACAUAUUGUAUGGAGUUUUGUGUUCUGCUUUACAUUGUCAGCAAAUGGUUUAGUUAAGGCAUAUGGAAGAAUAUUCCAAAAAUUCUAAAUAAUGGGUUGAUUAAUUUUUUAUGAAUUUUCAACCUGAAAUUUCAGCACAGAAAAAAAGUUUUAGGACCUCAACUCUAAGGAGUAACUUUUUUUCUUGGACAGAUACCAGAGGAUAAAAACACCCACGAGACUCCAGAUGUUUUCAAGCUCAUCACUGAUAAAGACAGACACCAAGAAAAGAUUUUCGACAUUGAAUUGGAUAUUCUAGCUGAGAGGAAGAAACUUAUUGGUACAAAAUUGCAAAUCAGAAAACGCGAGCUUUCAGGUGAUCUUUGCAACUGUUUGUUUUGGUACUUAUGCUAAUGUCAUUAUAGAUUUAUUGGAUCAAAGAAAUAUAAUUAUGAUGGUCAACAAAAACCCAACUAUAACAUUGGUUGGAAAAAAAAGAUGUGCAACAGAUAUCAAAACAUCUGAUUGAAUUUAAAUGUAAUUGUAUGCAUCUUGCUUCUCAAGACCCCACUCUCCUUCCAACCCUGCAAUAUGCCCCACUACACUAAAAAUACCAUUUUUUUAAAAUAUAUUUUUUAAUAUACAACUAAAUCCAUCAUAUCUGCUUGUAUCUUUCAGUACUAACAGUUCAAUGGCUUCUGAAAAGUAGAAUUGGAAUAGAUGUUCUAUAUUAACCUUCAGGAGGCUGUAUGAUAUAAAUAGCUAUAACUGUCUAAUUAAUUAGCUGAUUGGGGGCUCUCGUGUUCAGCCUUGCUACAGUAGAACUAAUAAAAGGAUCACAUAGCACAUCUGUCACCAGUUCACAUUGUGUGAGGGUCUGGUGGAAUAUGCAUGGUUUAGAACAAAAAAGCCACAAUGGUUGUGAAUGAGAGCAAAUUAUAAACAAGCAGUCAUUAGUCAAGUUUCAACAUUAGAUCUAAUACUACUGUUUUCUCAAAUGUUUUACUUUAAUGACAAUAAUAUGUUGUUUACAAUUAAGUAAAAGUUUGACAAAGCUAUUUUUGCCAUGGUUUAUGGUCCAUUCUCCCCACAUGUUGAUUGGCAAUAGGGUUGCCUACCCUGGCUUUAAAAGGUAGACCAUUGAAAUUACUGAAUUAUUCUCUCCACUUUAUCACUUUCACUUUCAUACAUUUCACAAAUAUUUACUGAAUGAUUCAGAUGCUGAAGAAGAGAGUAUCGUGUUCCAUGAUGCUGUUGAAGAUGUGGAACAGUUAUCAGAUGACAGUGAUGAGUCUGGGGAUAUCGCAGGACGUGAUGAAGAAAUCAUCAAGUUAAACAAAGAGAAAGUCAGGUUGACGCAACAACAAGCUAAGAUAAGAGCUAAGCGUGUAAGUUUAUGUGCUGUCCUUGUUGUUUGGCUAAUGGCUAACCCAAAUACUACCAAUGAUGAGUUUAGUUUUACUUAACCAAUAGAAUGGAAUAGAGUUUUUCCACUGAAAAAUACCUGCAAUUCCAUGUUCAUUUUUAAAGGCAAGAAUUAAGUGUAAAUGAUAAAAAAUGAUUAUUAAUAAUAUUGUUGUCAUUGGAAGAAUAAAGUCUGUUAAAUAUUUUAACUAAUUUGAUUUACAAAAUAAUGGAAAUCUGCAUUAUUUUAGAAACUGCAUCAGAUGCUUUUUAUUUUUAAAAAAGUACUUUCUUUCAAAAAGAGAAAAUAUUUUAUAAUAGCUCAAACUUUUUUGAAAAUUUACUCGAUUAACUAGCAGACUGAAAAACAGGCUGUGGCCGAAUUAAAUUUAGGUAGCAUUUUCCCAUUUGAAGGUGAUAUACAAAUUCAGCUGCAGUUUUCUUGAUAUUACAAAUAGAUUAUUAAGAGUAAUAUACCAUUUUGUAGGUAAAUGAAUUUGUUGUAAGAUAGAUGUAAAAUAUUUGUAAAUUUUAUUAUCAGUAGAAAAUUAUUGAUUGUUAAAUUAUAAAUAACAGUAAACCAAUAACAAAAAUUAUAUAAAUGUGCCAACUCACUUGUCAAUUUUGAAUUUCCAAAAUAUUUAAAAUUUAAAGCCUUUCAUAUGGUGGUUUCAAUAUAGUAUAUCCAAUAAUAUGAAAAAUGCACCAAAGAACACAGACAUUUAAUAAUAUCUAGACUUUCAUUUACUUAUGCUUAUAUGCCUUUAGUAACCCUGUAGCUUGUUGCCAUGAUAAACAAGUUUUACAGUUUUUUAAACUAGCUUAGAAGUUAAAUCAAAAUAAAUUAAGAGCUCAUUUUUUUAAACAUUCUGCCCAUAGCAUGUGGUUUGAAAAUAAACACCCUGUUAGUAAAUUAAAAUCUCGGACCACAACGGGAAUAGAAUACUAUAUAUAUUUGACUAAUUUUACUACGACUGGAACAUUGGCGCUGCCAUCAGCUAACUAAAGAAGUGCUCUGGUGCUCACAGCGACUCAUGGUAGUUAACCAGUUAAGACACAUUGAAAUUUACAUAUAUUAAAAAAAAUUAUUAAAUUUGGUUUGCAGGAGCUGUUCCUCAAUUCUAUCAAGUCAAGACGACUGCAGGCUGUGGAAGAAGAUAAAAAAAUUGAUCGUCAUCAUCAAAUUCAAAAGGUGUGAAAAUCUACUUUACAGGACACUGAAUUCGAAGAUUGUCUAAAUUAUAUAAAUUUUCACACUAUCGUGGAGCCAUCAGGUCAUCUUAUAAUUGAGAUCAGUAGCAGCCAAAAAUUGCAUCACAUUUUUGUUUUAAAAAAAAAGAAAAUUAAGGUUAUCAACAAGGCUCAGGAGGUCAUUACGCACCACUGAGACUUUAUUUCAAAAGUGUUGGUAGUGGUUUCCAACAUUGGUCUAGUUAAACUAUGCUACCAUUUUGUCAGAAGAUAAUAGGCAGACAAUGUCAAUUGAACUCCAAGUUAGCUUCAGUCUUUUGAGACUCUCUGCGAUCAAACAUGAAUGGCAGCUGUUGUAUGUGAGUGAGAUUUUACUUUUGUGUUUCCUUUUCCCCAAGAAUAGCUACUCUUAUGGGAUGACAAAUCUAUCAACAUUUUUGAGCCGUUUUUCUUUUUGUAGCCUUUUUCCUUUAUCAAGGGGCAUACAAGUACAAGGCAGAGAGACCAAUUUACCCAUGUUAACUUGAUUUUUUUAUUUUGCAUGGAUGCAUAGAUACAAACUAAAAAAAAAAGCUAUAAAUAUUUGACCCAUAUCAAAGUGAGUCAUAAAGUAGUAUACACUAGACAGGUGAUCUUAUUCAAACGGGCAAAUGUACACCAAAAAAAAUACAUCUUGUAAAUAGAAAACCUGAACCACAAAAACAUAUUUUUUAAUAGAUAUGUUCCAAAUGUUAAAACUUCCAUCUAAAAAUUAACAGUUUUUUAAUACUUGAAAUUUCAUUUUCCAUUUUUGCAAUAGAGGAGGGAGAUGCAGAGAGAAGAAGAAAAGCAACGCUCCACAUUUGUGUUUGAGGAACGGAAAAAGACAAUAGAAAGAUUAAAAGAAUAUAAAAUGGCAAGAUUUCAUCUUUACACUAUUCUAUUGCACAAAUUUUUUGGUCCCAUAAAUAGUUCUUAGUAAUUUAAGAUUUCUCAGAAUUACGUAAUUUAGUUUUUAUGAUCAUCGAGUCUCAUGUGGAUGGGAACUUGCAACUACUCACAUCUUUGUUAAUGCAUUAUGCAAGUUAUAUAAUACUGUAAUAAAUUAAGUCUACCCAAUCCUAAAUUUCAUCAUCUUUAAUAAUAAACUUUGAUAAAGUACAGAAACAUAAAAUCUAAAUUGUGUUCCCUGUUUCAUUUAUUUCCUUCUAGCCGUGUAAGAAUUCAGAAAAGAAAAUAUUUCCAUUUCUAAAAUAAAUUGCUUUAUCUCCUAGAAAUAUGCAAGCCCAGCUGUUAUAAAGCCGCCCAGAAACCAAAAAUCAAGCGUGAAGCAGACAACCACCAAAACAUCUCAGUCCAAGUCUGGCCCUUCUAAACCCACUAUUGGAAUGCAACAGAGCCCAGCCAAGAAUGACCCCAAGCCAUGGAAACAAAAACAGAAAAAGAACCAGUUGGACACCCAGAGUAUUCCUGUCUCCAUUCAUGUAGCCGGCAUAAUAUCUUAUAAGGGGGAUGCAUCAUCUGUGGGUCUCGAUAAUGCAGUUUCCUGCCCUCUUCCUCCACCAACUUCUCCGCCACCACCACCACCUCCUCCACCUCCUCCACCACCACCACCACCUCCUCCACCACCACCACCUCCUCCCCCUCCUUCACUAAAUUUACCAAUUCAAAAAGGAAAUUUUGAUAUCAGUGAGGGUUUUGGAAAACUUAAGAAGGUUGACCAUUCUGAAACAAAAGGGACACCAGCUCUCAUUGACUUAGGUAGCAUUUUGGCAACAAGAUCAAGAUUAAAACCAGCCUCGGAACGCCAGGAUAGAGCAGUGAUGGAAGCUAAUCAUGGUGGGUAAAUGACACAUAUUUAAAAAAAAGAGGAUUGCUUUUUAAAAAGUUUAAUAAAUAUUUUUAAAGAGAAAUUUAAAGGAGCUCCUUGGUUAAAUUUGUCCACAGUUUAGUCACAGAAGUGUCAAAAUUCAAACCACCCUAGAGGGCUACAUCAAGAAAGUUUCAUUUGCUUAAAACGUUGCAGCACACUAACAUGAGCAAAUCUCUAAUGAACAAAUUUUUAUAACUGGACUUAUAAAUUCAAGUUUCCUGUAUUUAAUUAAUUUAAAUUUAAUCUUUUUAAGGUUAGUGGUACAGGUACAGGCUUUAAUGGUACCGGGUACUUUGUAAAAGAUUUCCUAAUUAAAAUGUACAUUUUGCAUCCAUCAAAUCAAGAACAGUUUUACUUUAAAAAUAAUGAGAUGACCCUAAUCUCAAUCUUGCUGCCUAUAAUGAUCUGUUGUCAUCAUUUUAAUUGGCGAAAAAAAAUUAUUUUUUUUUGCCAGCUCCCAAGACAUUAAAAUAUGUACCGGUAGUGUAGCCUUUUUGGGCCCGUUGGACAUUGAUCUGUUUUACAACAGUGUCACCCUGAAUCUUUAAAGUUACAUGUCCUCAGGGUUUCAGCAUGAUAAUGAAAGAAUGUAAUGUUUAAUUUCUAAAUUCAAUGCAGUAUAAUGUCACUAUGUGAUCUGUUUAAGUGUUAUUAGCUACCGGUACCACUACACUUUUCAUUCCUUAAUGUCUCCUAUUCCAAUUAGUGAGCCGAUUACACUGCAGAAUUUGGUGUGCUAUAUCUCCUGGCCCAUUAUCACAAAUUUGGUUUAUAUUUUAAUAUGGUUACUUCUCCAAAAUUCACAUAAAAUUCAUAAAUAAUAAUUUUACCCAUACUAAUACAAAAUUUUUAAAAAUAUUUCACAGUAGUCUACAAAUGUAACAUUUUAAAGUCUUUUUUUAAAUGACCUUGUACUUCACUGUGACUCUAAUCUUAUUUUAGCCCAUCUUUUAUUCUAAAACCUUUAUUUGAAGAUAAUUUAGAAAUUAAUUGAAUCUUCUAUUUCAUGAAAUAGUAAACUAAAUUUAUUCUUUGUUUUAUUAUUUACAAUUUUCAAAUUUUCUUUGUUAUGAUCUGUAUUAAACCAAACAGAACAUAUUAAGAGUGUUAACAAAAUUCCCUCUUUUAAAUUAAAAUAAUGAAUAUUCUCCAAAAUAGCCACUUAAUAUUUCAUAAUCACCAUUCUUAUUUUUUUGGAAUUAUUUCUCAAAAUAGAUCCUUUGGCGGAAAUAUUCAGUAUGAUUAGGUCAGGGGUGACUUUGAGAAAAGUUGAAAUAGAUUCUGCUUCAUCAGACGACAACAUGUGUGCAUCAACAUCUUCCAUUUUCAGCCAUGAUGCGAGAAGCCAACUUCACACUACACUACUAAACAAAAUAAGUCAAGGUGUCCGUGGAUCUUCUCCAGACUCUGAUGAUGAUUGUGAUAGUGAAAAUGACUUUGAUGACUGAGAAGUUUCUUAGCAUGAGUUUCAAAAUAAUGUUGUGACUUUUACUUUUAUGUACAUAACUUAUUUUUACUGUUAUUUUUCUUUUAGAUAAUGAAUCAAAUUGAGACAUGUACUUGGAAUAUUGUUUAACUAAAAUUAAAUUAUUUUUUUGUACUAAAACUAAUUUUAUUACAAUAUGCUUAUACUGUAACUUUCAUUAGUUAUUAAUUAAUAUUGCUUGCUAACAAUAUUUGGAAGAUUGAUGAACAAACCAGAUCUAUUAUUAUCAUCAUCUUACAAUUCAAAUUUGUCUGUUUCUUAUUUAUUGAAACAAUUUACUUUUAUUAAUUUUUUUUUUUUUUAUUAUCUUAUCAUUAAUCAGAGCAACAAAGAAUUAAUGCUUUCUUAUAAGCUAGGAUCUUCAGGUUUCUCCUAGAAAGGCAUUGAUAACUGAAAAAGAUGUUUUCUUGAUGAAGAGAUUACUUGCAAAAACAAUGCUAGAAAUAGUUAUGGCCAUGAAAUGUGUGAUCUACUUUCAUUUUUAAUUAUUUGCAUAAAAAUACUAUUUUACAGGUAUUUUGAGAUUUAUGAUAAAUGAGUGUUAACUUUGCAAUGCAUUAUUUCUUCUUAUAAUGGACAUUUUCUCAAACUAUUGGUUAUUAUCACCUGGCAUAUACUUUUUAACCAGCAAAAAAUUAGAUAAAGCAUUAUAGAAGUAGAAGAUUCUUGAUUCAGAUUAGAAAAUACAGAAACCUGUACACAAAUUGUUCAGGGUUAGUUUUUAAACUGAAAAUUGUGCAAUAAUUUUGUUGUUUAAAUCUUGUAAUUCCAGUACUGUGUCGUGUACUGUAAGCCUACAUUUUUAGCCCAUUUUUUUAGUAUCACACAUUAAAUUACCGGUACAAAGAAUGCUUAACAAGUCAAUUAUUGUAAUGAUGAGAUAAUAUGAUGAGAUAUGUCUGCGAUUUUUUAAGUCUAUCGCUAUUUAUUUUAUUUAUAAUACUACACUAUUCACAUUACAGAGUGACAAUUUUGGAGCUGUUUGAAAAUUGUAAAUAAUUAAUAAAACAAAUAAUAAAUUAUUUUGCCAUUUCAUGAAAUUGUCUUGAAUUUAAAAUAAUUUUUUUUUAAAAACAAAAGCACUUAAAAAAAAAAUUAUUAAAUUU